GCACACACCAAACUCCAGUAUGCAGUAUACCUGUGAACGCAGCUAUAAUUUCCAGUGCACAAAAUUAAGGAAGUCCAAUGGACCUGGCGAGCAAUGAAUUUUCUGACUUGCCAGGAUGCCCGCUCUCCCCAAGCUGUUGGUAAAGAUCAGUAACUCGGCCGGGGAAGGGCAGCGCUGCGCUGAGAUACUGAAGGACUCGCUACAGCAGGGCACUUGGGGCCGAACUACACAAUCCUUCACUUGGUGCUGUACAUUGUGUCGAAGGAGGGGUUGACACAACGAAGGGCACAGAAUGCAGGACGGUAUACCUCGCUUACCACCGUCCACUUGCUUAACAGAACGGAAGUUAUUAGAAAAUGCAGACUUUAUUGGUGUUGAAUACCAUUCGAUGCUCAGGUGCAAGUCAAAACGGGGGGUGAAGCGAGAAGAGAGCAAGGAAACCUACAAAUUACCGCAUAGACUGAUUGAAAAGAAAAGACGUGAUAGGAUUAACGAAUGCAUUUCGCAGCUUAAGGAUCUCCUUCCUGAACAUCUGAAACUGACGACACUCGGUCACCUGGAGAAGGCUGUAGUUUUAGAGUUAACGCUGAAACACUUGAAGGCUUUAACUACUUUGACGGAACAGCAACACCACAGGAUAAUUGCUUUGCAGAAUGGGGACACUACGCUGAAGGUACCCAAGAGGUCGGACCUGGAUGCGUUCUACUCUGGGUUCCAAACCUGUGCCCAGGAGGUUUUGCAGCACCUGUCUGGCUGUGAGGGCGGGUCGUCCCAGGAUCAGCUCCUCAGCCACCUGCACCGAGCAGCCACGCAGCCCGCGCCCAGCGGAGGGGAAUGGUCUGCCGGCUGUGGGGGGGCUGGUGACAGAGCGAGGGAGUGUGGGCGCGGCAGGGAGAACUGCGUGCCGGUGAUUCGGAGGGCAGCGGAGCACCACCAGCGCAGCAGUGAUACGGAUACCGACAGCGGCUACGGCGGCGAAGGCGAGCAGGCCGAGGGGCGGGGAAGGCAGGGGCUUGGCCCGCCAGCUGGAACUCGCCACGGCGACCUCGCUGUCCGGAUUAAACCAGAGCCUGCGGACCCCCCAGCAAAGAGGGUGAAAGUGACCGGCCCUGAGUUCGGCUGUGACCUUGCUCUUUGCCCAGUGGGGACUGGCGGGAUGCCCAACCUGGGCCAGCAGCCCCCGUUCUGCCUGCCUCUUUAUUUCAUCGCCCCCUCUGCAGCUGUUCCCUACUUGACCCUCCUGGACAAGGGCAGCUUGGAGAAGUGUUGGUAUCCGGCCCCCUUCCCACUCUUCUAUCCCGGCAUUCCGGCGCUGGUUCCGGAGGCACAGCUGGGCCGGUUCCUGUCUCUGGAGCCAGCUGCCACAGUGGGGUUCUGCCCGACCGGAUCCCAGGCAGGACUGGCGAUCGGAGUGGAGAGGGAUUUAAGUAGGUCCCCAGAGCUGCUCCGGUCACCAGCCGGUACAUCCUAAAGGUGGUCACACAGACCCUCUUCCUUGCCCCACGUCUUCUCUUUCUUCCUUCCCCUGCCCCCCACCCCACACACACACACACACUCAAAAUGUUGUGCUGGGCAGCAUAGGCCCUGUCCUUUGAAUUGUCUCUGGAGCUGAAGAGAAGUCUUGAGCUCUAAAAUUACUUGCCCUGAAACAAGAGUUUUGAAACUAAAUUGAUCUUCUGAUCUCCAAAUGUCUUCCAGAGAUCCAUCUUCUAAAAGCUUGGAACUUCUCAGGACUGGAAUUGGUGUAUUUAGAAUGCUGCAGCACAGACCAGGCCUUUUGGCCCACAAUAUUGUGCUGACUCUUUAAUCUACGUCCAAGUCAAUCUAACCCGCCCUUCCUUCCUACACAGCUGUCUGUUUUCUAUCAUCCAUGUGCCUAUCUAAGAGUUUCUCAAAUGCCCUAAUGUAUCUGCCUCUACCACCAAACCUGACAGCAUGUUUUACGCACCUACCACUCUGUCAAAUAAAAAACUUUAUCUCUUGACAUUUCCCCCGAUAUUUUCUUCAAUCUCCUUAAAAUAGUGCCUUCAGGCAUUAGUCAUUUCCACGUCUGGGGUAAAAAGUCAAUGGCUGUCCACUCAGUCUAUGCCUCUUAUCAUGUAUACCUCUAUCAAAUUUCCUUUCAUCUUCCAUUGCUCCAAAGAGAAAAGCCCUACCUCACCCGCCAUUUUCUCAUAAGACACGCUCUCCAAUCCUGGUAAUUCUUCUCCGUACCCUCUCAGAAGCUUCCACGUCCUUCCUGUAAUGAGGUGACCAGAGCUGAAUGCGAUAUUCCAUGAGUGGUCGAACCAGGGUUUUGUAGAGCAGGAACAUUCUCUCUCAACUCUUGAACUCCCCUGACGAAUGGAAGUCAACACACCAUAUGCCUUCUUAACCACCCUGACAACUUUGAGGGAUCUAUGGACAUGGAUCUAAGAAUCCACUAUUCCUCCACACUGUGAAGAAUCCUGCUGUUAACUCUGUAUGCUCAUAAUGCUUUCGGACUCCAGACUCUGUAUGCUGAAGGGCUCACUAUCAUUCGUUGCAGAGUUCAACCACUCCCCUCUGAUAUUUAUGUUGAUGACGCGACACAGGUUGUGGGAAAAAUGCCCACUUUUGUUCACCCCUUCUUCCCCUUUUUUUUUCCUUCCGUCCGGAAUUUCAUGAAUUAAUUAACCAGAAUGAGUAGUGAAUGAGUGACAGCUUCAAAGAAAUAAUUAAAGCUGCCCUAAGUAAAAGGUUUGCAUUGACAGUAGAUACAAGCUGUAAGUCCCCUGUCCUAGUGAGUCAAAUGUGAAUUUAAGAAUAAUAAAUUAUCUUUCCCUCAGAGUCACAACAGAAGAGAUUGUAGUCAUAGAGCAUCCAGUCUGUGCUGAGAGAUUAUUCUGCCUAGAGCCAUUGACCUGUACCAUAGUCCUCCAUACCCCUGCCAUCCAUGCAGUUAUCCAAAUUUCUCUUAAAAGUUGAAAUCAAACCCACAUCCACCACUUCGGUGAUCCUGGAAUGCUUUUGAAUUACUUAGUAACUCUUGUGCUCUUGGUGCGAGUAAAUUCUGGGCUUAAUUCCUUCUCCUCCGUCUUCACUCCUGCCUUCCACGGCCUCAUCAUCCCUGAACCCUGUCCCCAGGCCCUGCCAGACAAUUGUUACCCAAACUGAGGAGACGGCAGCCUCAGUGAAGCCUAUUUUUAGUUGUUGCCAAGGCAGCGGGGUUGGUGAUUCUGUGAAGUGUUAUGUAACAGCUGAGGCUCGUUCCUUCUUGAGCGUGAGCCAGAUCUUGUAUUCAUCCUGGUUACAUUACUGCUGCUAAAUGCCUGGUGUGCUGAGGUCUAAAAUAUAGUGGAAAUGUAUAUAUCUGAAGUGGCUCUUGUGUACUGUAAAUAGUUGGGGAACAAUCAUGAAUCUCGUCUGAAGCUAUUUUUGUAGGGGAAUUACACGUGAUAACCACUGAAUAUUUUGUCUUGAACAAAACAAAUUUUAAGAAGAAUUGUUGAAUAAUGUUUGCACUUUUUGUUGAUGCUUAUGCAGUCUUAAAUUAUUAAAAUAAAUACUGUCAGCAUUUAAAACCAUUAGUUAUAAGUAUAGGUUUUGGAUAUUCAUUGUAAAGAAAAAUUAUAGAAAUCCUUUUUUAACAAGCAAACAAACAUGGAUACAUUUAAAAAAUAAUAUCCCAGUGUAAAAGCAAAAAGUUUUCUUUUAUAUUGUACUUAUGAAAUGCAAUAGAAAAACUAA